AUGCGCUUCAGGCAGUCAAAAUCGGCCCCUCAGCAGCGAGCUGUUUUUGUCAUCUCUUGGGGCCGAACCGCCACAAGUUCCUCGAGCUUCCACAAAUGUCUGCUGGUCGCAAACGAAGCAGACGAGACCGUUUCACUCACCACGACCGGUACCUAUUUCGAUUGGGGCUCAAUCGUGGAUAAGCAAAAAGUAACGAAAAACAACCCGCCACGCGUAAAGGCGUUUGACUUUGAAAAGGGCGAAAAGUUUGCCCCCUCGUAUGUGUUCAAGGGCAUGACAGUCUGGUCAGAUAGAAAGAUUGCCAAAUUCAGCAGUCACUACGAUGUAGUCUAUAAUAACUGUCGUGAUGUGACGGAGAUGACAGCAGCUACCGUACUGGGCCAACAUGACGAGGAUAAACUUGAAGAAAAGAUAAAAAACUAUGGCACUUGGCCCUCUGUUUUGGCUGCAGCUACUAUGCCCUUUAGCCCGGGAUACAGGGUUCCGAGUUGAGUUGGCGAUUCUUAGAAGAGGGCAUACAGCACCUAUGAUCUAUCCAAGAUGAAGC